AGAAAACAGUUUGCUUCUUCAGUUUAAGCAGAGCCACCGCGCCAAACAGCGGACCGCUAGACGGCAGAGAAGCGACUGAGGGGUCGUCAUCUACUCAUACAGCAAGCGCAUAAGAGUCAGUGUUAGGAAUGCCAAGCACAGGAACUCAUUUAAUUGUGUUUUGCUAUCAAAUGCAGAUGUGAGAAAUAAAAAAAGAAGAAGUGAAGAAUAUGCUACUCUUUGAUCCUAGAUGACAAAAUUUUUAUUUUUGGAGCUGUCUUCAUUGUGGAUAGUAACGACGCAUUAAAUGUCAGGAAUGCCCCCUGUCUUCUUAUUAUCUGAGCUCCUUUUUGCCCUAUCCAUCACUCUUGUCACUGGGGACACAGAACUGAUGUUUUUUGGAGAAACAAAAUUUGUAGUGGAGGAAAGCAGCACAUCCGUGGUUCGCUUAAUCAUCAUAAGGACUGGUGAUCCUGUAGCUAUCAAUGCUCUGGUUCUGCUUAAAGAAAAUAAUACAGGGGACUUUGAAGCGGAUUCCUAUGUUGCUCGUCUGGAUGCUUCAGAAACCAAUAAAACUAUUUUUAUUGCAGUCAGAGAUGAUGAUAUUCCAGAAGCCGAUGAGACUUUCAGUUUUUCUUUAUAUUUGCUGGGUAUGUUUUCCAGCGUGAAAAUAGGAUCCCCAGAUACAGCCAUCAUUACUAUAUUGUCCAACGACAAUGCUUUCGGUAUUAUUUCCUUUAAUGUGACUUCUUUAAUCAUGGUGAAUGAGACCAGGGGUACAAGCCAAAUUGUGCCUCUCAGCCUAAUCAGAGAGAAAGGGACCUAUGGCACUGUGACAGUGAACUUUGAGAUAACUGGAGGCCCAAAUCCAGCAGAGGAAGACUUUACUCCAUCCAAGGGAAAUAUUACACUGCCCCCUGGAAGAGCAAAUGUGGAAUUUGUGUUGCAAGUAAAGGAUGAUCAGGUUCCAGAAGAUGAUGAGAUAUUUACAAUCCAACUAACAGAUGUGGAGGGUGGAGCUGAAAUCAACAUCAAUCACAGUUCAAUACAAAUCAAAAUUAACAAGAAUGAUAGUCCUAUAAAAUUAACUCAGUCAUUCUUAGCUGUACAGGAGACAGCAGACAUCAUUACUAUUCAAGUGACCCGUGGGAGAGAUGAAUUGGGUAGAUUGAUUGGAUCAGACUCAGAGGAGGUCUCCAUUGAUUAUGCCAUUGAAACAGCUGGUGCUGUUUUUGGGGUUGACUUUGAAGAUUUACAGCAGAAUAAGACACGUAUUGUCUUUCUUUCUCAUACCUAUGUGGCAAACCUAAAAUUUAGGAUUAUUGAUGAUAAAAUACCAGAGAUUGGGGAAUCAUUUAUUCUUCGAUUAAAGGAAAACACAAUAACUGGAGAUGCAGUGUUACAGAGUCCAAGCAUGAUUCAGAUUAUUAUUGAACCAAAUGAUGAACCAUAUGGAGUUUUGUCUAUUAACAGUGGAUUGAUGGGUCAGAAAGUGAUUAUCAAUGAAGACCUAACUAUGAGGUUUGAGGGAAUUAAUAUUACAAGGAAUGGAGGAACUCAUGGAAAUGUUUCUGUGAACUGGACCAUCACUCGCAACAGCAGUGACUUCUCUCCUGUGAGCAUGGAUUUAAUCCCAGUCUCUGGCACUCUGCGGUUCUCUGAAGGUCAGAGUUCAGCUUCUCCUCUGCUCAGUAUUAUUAGUGAUGACCUACCCGAGCAAGCAGAGGCCUAUCUGUUCAAGCUCUUACCUAGAACAGUAAAUGGUGGAGCAAAAGUAGAUGAUCCAACGGAGAUGGUUUUUUACAUCCAAGACAGUGAUGAUGUAUAUGGUUUAAUCCAGUUUCAAUCUGUAGAAGAGCAGAAAAUUCAAAGUCAUCCUUCUGGGCGAUUCGUUUCACUCAGCCUUGUGCGCCAGAAAGGCACCGUGGGAGAUGUGCGUCUUCAUUUUACAGCCCUGUACAUCCCUCCUGGAGAUGUGGAUCCUGCAAGGGCUAAAGAAGGAGUCCUGAACAGCCCAAAGGCAAACAGUGUGGUCUUUUCUGAAGGUCAGGCCCAGCUCCAAGUGAAUCUAGCGAUACGUAACGACUCAUUUCUGCAAAAUGGAGCACACUUUUUUGUUCAGCUGGAAAGUGUGGAGCUGGUGAGCAUCACUCCUUUGAUACCAUCUGUCAGUCCACGACUAGGAGGCAUUCUCAACAUUUCCUUGAUUGUGACACAGAACUUGGCUAAUGGGAUGAUCAGCUUUACCAGCAAUCAGACGGUGGUGGUCUAUGAGCCAGAAACAACAUCUACACUUCUGGUGCCACUCCAAUUGCAACGAGAUGGCACUGAUGGAAAGGCCGAAGUUUUUUGGAGAAUUAAUGCAGUUGGCCCCAAUCAGAGAGAUGUGACCAGUGAUGACCUUUCUCCUUUCAGUGGUUCAGUUACAUUUCUCUCUGGUCAGAAUGAAUCCUCCAUUAACAUUACAAUUAAAGCUGAUGAUAUUCCAGAACUUAAUGAGACCCUAGAUAUAUUCUUAGAAAGAACAAAUGAUGAAAGUCUAAUUUUUAAAACGGACUUUACCAGACGGCAGUUGAUUAUCGUUGAAAAUGAUGAUCCAGGUGGUGUUUUUGCAUUUUCACCUCGCUCUUUGGGUCCUUGGUUUAUUAAUGAAGGGGAGUCUGUUGAACUUAGAGUAGUUCGCUCACAAGGAAAUCUGCUGAAGCAACUUCUCCGGUACGAAGUCCUCCCAUCCAACGGCAAUGAGUUCUAUGGAAGUCAAGGAAUAUUGGAAUUUCAGCCUGGUGAAAGAGAGGUGGUUAUGGCACUACUGGCUAGGCCUGAUGGGAUUCCAGAGCUUGAUGAACAAUAUUCAGUUGUGCUCAGUAGUCACAGUAUACCUCCAAGCAAACUUGGGACUGCCACACAAGUUAAUAUCACCAUUCGAAAAAAUGAUGAUCCUCAUGGUGUUAUCCAGUUCUCUACAACAGGGCUGACAAUAACUGUAAAUGAAAGCAAAGUAAAUGACAUUGAUCCAGCUGUAUAUAUGGUGAAAAGAGACAAAGGGACAUUUGGAGAAGUUUCAGUGUUCUGGCAUUUAAGCCCAUCACUAAGUCAAGAUGUCUAUCCUGUCCUUGGAAUACUUUACUUUGCACAGCAUGAGGUUUUAAAAAAUAUCACUCUUAUGUCUCUUCCCGAUGAGCUACCCGAAGAUUUGGAAACAUUUAGUGUAACUCUGUAUAAUGCAACUGGAGGUGCCAGACUUGGGAAUGCAUUAACUGCAACAUUACAGAUUACCAAAAAUGACUAUCCAAUUUACUUUGUUGGUCCACCUAUUGUACGUAUUCAGGAAGGAGAAACAGCAAAUUUCACCAUCAUGCGGAAUGGAUCUUCCGAUUUUGUUGCUACUGUGAUGUACCGGAUUGUGAAUGUUGGCACAAAUGAUGGAGACAUUGUGUCUGGAUACCGAGAGAAUUUAAUUGUGUUUGAAUUUGGAGAGUGGAUGAAAAAUAUUUCUGUUGCUACUGUGAAUGACGACAUUCCUGAAGCAGAUGAGAGUUUUGAAAUAAUUCUUUAUAACGCAACAGGUGAUGCAGUUGUAUAUGGAGCUAAACAAGUGACAGCAGUCAUUGAGGCAAAUGACGAUGCCAGCGGAAUAUUUUCACUGGAGACUUUGGGGAAAUCCGUUGAGGAAGGGAGCUUUAAUAAUUUUAUGGUUAUCAGAAACAGAGGAAUAUUUGGCAUGGUCACCAUUCAUUGGCAGAUAUAUGAAAAUGGCUCAGCACUUGCACCUGGAUUAGAAUUUUCCAAUACGUCAGGAUCCAUCAUUUUCCAGAAUGGAGAAGAAGCCCAGCCAAUCACUCUUCAUGCAGUGCAGGAUAAUAUUCCAGAAUUUUCUGAACUGUACCUAUUAAUGUUGACUAAUAUAUCAGGAGGUUUUCCUGGCACUGAAGGUAAACUCGCAAGUACUAAUCUUAAUGCAACAGUAAUCAUUCCUCCAAAUGACGACCCUUUUGGAUUAUUUGUAAUAGACCCUGGAAGUCGAAUCCAGGAGGUAGCAGAAGAUGUUCUAACAGAAGAUGAUAUGUCAGAUAUCACCAGCUUUACCGUCCUCAGACAGCUGGGGACAUUUGGUAUGGUUCGUGUUGGCUGGGAAAUACAGUCUGAUGCUUUCACAAUUAAUUUACCACCAAUGAUUGAUCUGAUUAUGCAAAGCUCUUUUCCUGAUCAGGUGGAAUUGAGGCCACACAUGAGACGACACCACUCAGCCACUGAUGCUUUGUACUUUAGUGGAAAUGAAGGUGCAUUUGGAAGCCUAAUUCUUCCAGAUCCCAUAUCUAAGGGCCAAACUCUGACCACCUUUACUUUUUCUGCAUGGUUAAUACCAAGUGCUAACACAAAUGGAUUUAUUGUCUCCAAAGGAACUGAAAAUGGCACUAUGUUCUAUGGAAUAAAGAUAGAAACAAAUGAGUCUUAUGUGUCAUUGUUUCUAUACUAUACACCCAGUGGAUACAAUGUUACCCACAUUGCCAAAGCAAAAGUUAUGAGGAAUCUUGAAGAAAAUGCCUGGCUACAUGUGAUAAUCAGUUUGGGUAAUGGCACCGUGCACUUUUAUCUAGAUGGCAACCUGAUUCCAGGCAGCAUAAAGAGCUUGAAAGGGAACUCCAUUACUGAUGGCCCAGCUCUGCUGAGGAUUGGUGCUGGCCUAGAUGGUAAAGAUAGAUAUGCUGGACUCAUGCAAGAUGUAAGGAUGUAUUCUGGCUGGCUGAGCCAAGCAGACAUCCAUGAACUCCAUCGGCAAUCUGCCAAAGCUGACUUGCGUAACAUUUCAGGCUACCUGCAGUACCAACCAGGAGAGACACGUAAAUCUUUUAUCGUGGAAGUGCGAGAUGAUGUGUUGGAGGAAGGAGAAGAAUCUUUUACUUUGAGAUUGAUCUCUGUUCAUGGUGGGGCAAGACUGUCUGGAGAGAAUGCCACAGCAAAGCUGAUAAUACAGAAGAGUGACUAUGCAAAUGGACUGUUUGGAUUCACAGGACCCUGUAGCCCUAAUUCCACAGAUGAAGGCUCAACAAUCUCCUGUGUAGUGGAGCGUACCAGAGGAACCUUAGAUUACGUCUAUGUAAACUACACCAUCACUCAGCUCAAUUCCAGCAGUUACGCCUAUGUAGCAGAAGACUUUGUGAACUCCAGUGGUACUAUCACGUUCCUCCCUGGACAAGAAUCAAAGGCUUUGAAUAUCUAUAUUUUGGACGAUGACAUCCCUGAAUUUGCUGAGUUGUUUAGAGUUACUCUAAUGUCAGUUAGAUCUGGUGAUGGAAAGCAAGGCUCUACGCCAACAAGUGGGGCCAGCAUUGAUCCAGAAAAAGCAUCCACAAAUAUUAUCAUCAAGGAGAGUGACUAUCCCACUGGUCUUCUCCAGUUUUCAUUGGGUCCUGUUCCAAACUUGACUGGUGGAUUCAUUAAACCAGCCCUUCAAGCACCAUCUAUUACUGUGAAAGAAGAAGUUGGUGAGAUUAGUCUUCUAGUUCUCCGUGCCCAGGGUCUUCUGGGAAGGGUGCUUGUUGGGUACAAAACUGUGCCUCUUACUGCAGUAAGCCCAAAAGACUAUAGGGAAAUAGAAGGCACCUUGGAAUUUCUACCUGGUGAAUAUUUUAAAUAUAUACGUGUGAACAUCACUGAUAAUUUUAUUCCUGAGCUGGAUAAGUCAUUUAAAGUGCAACUUUAUAACCCAAAUGGUGGAGUUGAUGAAUUCUUUAGGAGUGAGGGCAGUGGCAGUGGAGUUGGAGGUGGAGAAACAGACUUCUUCCUCCCAGCUCUCCAUCAGCGUGCCAGCCUUGGACCAGCUUCUCAUAUCCUGGUGACCAUUGAGGCAUCAGAUGAUGCUCAUGGAAUCUUUCAGUUCAGCAUGGAUUCUCUUAAUGUGAAUGGCACAGAGCCUGAGGAUGGAUACAGCACUGUUGUUCUUCAGGUCAAACGUAUUGCUGGUGCAUUAUCUAGGACCACCAUUUUUUGGGAAGCUGAUACAAAUGCUUCAGAUCUUGUUACUAAAGUGGGCAAUGUCACUUUUGAUAUUGGUCAGAAUGAAGGUAGCAUAGUCAUCCAGAUCUCAUCAGAUGAAGUGCCUGAGCUGGACAAGACUUUUGUUAUCAAUCUUAUCAAUGUCUCCAAUGGACGCUUAGGAAUGCUGACAAAAAGUAACCUCACGGUUCUUGCCAGUGAUGAUCCAUAUGGGAUUUUUAUUUUUUCAAAUAACAGCAAAUCUAUCCGUGUGCAAGAAGGAAAUAAGACUACUGUAUUAGUCAUACAAAGGCUUAAAGGGCUUAUGGGAUCAGUAAAAGUUGGUUAUGAAACAGUAAAGGACAAUGAAUUCUCAGCUGUAAUUCCUUUUUCAACAUCCAGGGCUAAAGAAGGAAGUGAUUUUCUUCCAGUAUCAGGUUUUGUGACAUUUGUAGCCAAUCAAAGUGAAGCUAACAUUACGCUCAAUAUACUGGAUGAUACGGAACCCGAACGGGCUGAGUCUGUUUUCAUUCAACUGACUAACGUUUCUCUUAUACAAGGAGUUCAACAGAGAACAAUUGUAUUUUCUCCACGUUUGGGGCUGAAAAUUGACACAAUCAGUGAGGUGAUCAUUGAAGCCAGUGAUGACGCAUUUGGAAUUCUCAGUUUGUCAUCUUCUACAAUAAGUGUGGCAGAGAACUACGUUGGGCCCAUUAUCAAUGUGACCCGCACUGGAGGAAUCUUUGCAGAUGUCUCAGUGAAGUUUAGAGCUUUUCCAAUGACAGCGCGGGUUGGUGAAGAUUACACUGUGGCAUCCUCUGAUGUUGUUUUAUUGGAUGGUGAAACUAGCAAACCUGUGCCAAUCCACAUUAAUAAUGACGAUAAUCCUGAGAUAGAAGAAACAUUUCGCAUUGAACUGUUGAACCAGACUACUGGAGGUGCUCUUCUUGGUGAUUUGACUCAGGCUAUUAUUACAAUUGAAGCUUCUGAUGAUCCAUAUGGAUCUUUUGUUUUUCAGGUAGUGUCACAAACAAUAGAAGAGCCCGAUGUGAGUCCCACCACAGUAAACCUUACAAUAGUGCGGAACUCUGGAACCCUGGGAAAUGUGACUGUCCAGUGGGCAGCCCUGAUCAAUGGUCAGUUUGCCUUCAAUGAUAUUCAUCCAGUAACUGGUCGGGUUUCAUUUGCUCCUGGGGAAACUAUUAAGACUCUAACUGUUCAGAUAUUGCCUGAUGAUGUUCCUGAAAUUGAAGAGGUUAUUCGUGUGGAGUUAACUUCUGCAUCAAAUGGUGGAAGCAUUGGACAGCUGAGAUCAGUGAAUCUUAUUGUACCUCCAAAUGACAAUCCAUAUGGGACAGUAACAUUCAGACAAUUAGUAUACCGUGUAAGGGAGCCUUUAGAAGGAACUUUUUCAGCAAAUAUCACUGUCAGAAGAAGUGGAGGAUUCUUUGGGCAGCUGCAGAUACUCUAUAGUACAUCUGAAGUGGAUGUGGUAGGAAUGGCUUUACUGGAAGGGCAAAACAUUUUGUCUUACUAUGAUCUUCCAGUUAAGGCUGUACCAGCAGUACCUGUUCGCUUGCAGGUCAAUGUUACUUUGCAAAAAAAUGAUUUUUUAGCAUGUGCAGCCUUCUGUUUGAGAGAACGAGCUUGCCAGGCCUUUUCCUUCUUCAACAACUCUGGAGUUCCCAGAUGUGACUGGUCAGCGUCUCUUGCAAAUGGAAUGACCAACACUACAGACUUCCUGACUUACAGAAAAAACCUGACUAUGGUAUCAGCCCUUUUCAGUUCACAAGCUAUUGCUGGAAGCGAUUUUGAAUCUAAAACAGGAAGCGUGGCAAUGAUGUUGGAUGGGCAGGAAACAGCUAAUCUUACUGUAUCCAUACUGAGUGAUGCACUGCCUGAAGUGGAUGAAAUGUUCACAAUCCAACUCCUAGCAGUCAAUUUACUCAACAUAAGCUCUUCUCCUAAAAACAAGCCUUCAAUAGGCCAACCUGAUAGAGCCAAUAUUACUAUAGCAAUGAAUGGGGAUGCAUUUGGAGUCUUCUUAAUCUACAGCACCAGCCCUAAUGCUACAGAGAGAGGCCUGUACUUGGAAGUUCAAGAGCAGCCUCAGACCACAGUGUACCUGGUGAUUGAGAGAAGAGGUGGCAGCUUGGGACAAGUGACCAUAGAGUGGAGUGUGGUGGGUGGAUCUGCCACACCCAACAUUGAUUUUACUGGAACAGGAGAAGUACUUACCUUUGCAGAUGGUGACCUUAAGAAAACCAUUCAGCUGACAAUUUUAGAUGAUAUACAUCCUGAAGAAAAUGAAACAAUUGUAGUCAGCUUGACACAGACAGAAGGAGGUAGCAGAAUCCUUCCCAGUUCGGACACUGUCACCAUUGUUAUUCUAGCCAAUGACAAUGUGGCUGGAGUCAUUGGCUUCCAGACAACCUCUAGAUCUGUCAUCAUGCGAGAAGGAGAAACUGUGCAGCUUCACGUGGAAAGAUCUUUCCCUGGCAGUGGCAAUGUCACAGUUAACUGGAAUAUUCAAGGACCUCGUGUACAGCAAAACUUUAUAAAUGUGUCUGGGGUGCUUUUCUUUUCAGAGGGUACUUUGAAUGCUACUAUAACUGUCAACCUCCUAGAUGAUGGGAUCCCUGAAGAAAGAGAAGAAUAUAGAGUUGUUUUGUCAAAUGUCAUCACUAAAGGUGUUCAUCCUACAGGUGCAGCUGCUCUUGACAAGCAGGGUUUUGAAGCUGUCCUUACCGUAGAGGCUAGCGAUGAGCCUUAUGGAGUUUUGAAGUUUGCUCCUUCCUCAAAGAUGAUUUUCACAAGAGAAGAAAACAAAACCCUUCAGCUCUUCAUUACCAGGGAGUUUGGAUCCCUAGGAGCUAUAAAUAUUACGUAUGAAACUGUGAAAGGGUCUCUCCAACCACUGAACAUGACUGAGGUAUCUCUAGCUGAACCGGGACUUGACUUUCUACCUGUUUCUGGAUUUAUAGUUCUACAGCCAGGACAAACAUCAGCAGUCAUCACUGUUACAAUUCUAGAGGAUGAGGUGCCUGAAUUGGCAGAAAUCUUCCUGAUAAAUAUUACUUCAGCAGUGCUGAUCACAUACCAUCCAUCUGUUGCCUCUCCCCACCUUGAUAUUCAAGGCCUUGUUUCCCAGAUAACUAUUGAUGCCAGUGAUGGAGUCAGAGGAAUCAUUGCAUGGAAAAGCAUUAAUUUUGAAGUGAAUGAAACUGACACCAGUUUGACGUUGGUUGCCUAUCGAAAUGCAGGAACCUAUGGAAAUGUUUCUUUGUUCUUCAAUGUGCAGAGUCUUGAAGCUCAGUUGGGAUUUGAUUUUAAUGUUACUCCUACAGUUUUGCACUUUGUUGAUGGAGAGCGGUACAAAGUCAUUGAAGUGAUGAUUUUUGAUGACAUAAUACCGGAGGGAGAUGAGAAAUUUCAGCUGAUUUUGGUCAAUCCUUCUUAUGGACUGGAGCUUGGAGCCCAAACCACUGCAACAGUCACCAUUCUUGCUAAUGAUGACGGACAUGGCGUGAUCUCCUUCAACAACAGCGAUCAUUUUCUACUGAAGGAGCCCACAUCCCUCAACCUUGGAGAAAGCACAGCAACUUUAUACAUUAUUCGAGAUCCACCCCAAGGCACGUUUGGGAUGGUCACUGUGAGAUAUCUUGUCAGUGGCCUUAAUGGCUCUGAUGCUUCACAUGACUUGACCCCUACAGAGGGAUUUAUUGUUCUUAAAGAUGGUGAAAGAUUCCAGACCUUACAGAUUUCCGCUAUUUUGGAUGAAGAGCCUGAGAUGAAUGAGACCUUCAUUAUUACUCUGUCAGACCCUACAGGAGGAGCAAGGAUGGGCAUGGUUCUUCAGAGUUUCAUAACAGUGCUGCAGAACCAGGCUCCCCUUGGUCUCUUCAGGAUAUUUCCCAUAAACAGGACAAGCCCAGUAAUUAUCGAAGAAGGAAACCGAACUCUCUAUCUAGGCAUAUCACGGAGUAAUGGUCUUGAUACAACAGUAACUGUAGAGUGGGAAACACAGCCUGUUACUGCUUAUGGCUUCGGAGGAAACAUUCCAUUUUUUUCUGCCUAUCAAAAUUUGUUAAAGCGUUCCUUCUCUGGUUGGUGUUCCUUUACUUUGGGAGACAGUCUAUAUGGUUUUCUGCUUGAAAGUAUGGAUUCCAUCCUUUACAAAUGGCAAGGGGUGUUUGUACCUAUUCAGUCACUGAAGAUCCAGAAUCCCAGAAGCUGUACAGGUUUCUCAAUUAAUGGUUCUGCAUAUGUUGGAAUCACACAUGGUGGUCAGGAUGUACGAAAGCCACAAAAUACCAGUCUCUUCUGGCUUGCACCUGAUAGGAAUUUAACUCUGAUUCAGCAUUUUAGCAUGUCAGAAAGUAAUUGCGUAAUGCAUUUUGUGCAAGAAAACUAUGAUUAUUUAAUUAUUGGCAGCCAGGUAUUCAGCUGGAAUGGAAAAACAUUUGUUUUCUUACAAAAUCUCAAUCUAGUCAAUGUCACAGGCCUGUCAGUGUUUGUCAGAGGAAACAUUUUAUACCUCACAAUAUCGAUAUUGAGCUCUGGUCAAAGCUGCUUGCUCUAUCAAUGGGACAACAACCAGUUUCUUAGAUUCCAGUCCCUUCCAAUCAAUUUCCCAUCUACACAGGUAGAAACCUUUCUUCAAGGAGCAAAUGUGUAUUUGCUGCUGUUGACCCAAGGAUUUGUUUCGACAUGUGAAGUUUUUGUCUGGCAAGCAGGGGCCCUGUUUUUUCAGCAUAUACAAUCAAUCAUCUUUAGUGAUACAAAUAUGAUCAAUAGUCUUACACCUUCAUCUGGAAUCGUCCAUGUUUUGUUUGCUGGUAACAACAGAUCUGCUAUUUAUUCAUGGAAAUUACAGUCCAAUCAGUUUGAAUUUCUACUAGAUAUUCCUGCAGCCAAACAAAUGCACUUUUUUAACGUCCGUCAUUUCAACAGUACCAAAGCUCUGGUUGCUGCAGCAGAAGACUCCAGUUUCGUCAUAUAUGAGUUGACAUAUAUAUCAAAUCAAUCAGAUUUCAUUCCAAGUUCAGGGGAAUUGAAAUUUGAACCUGGUAACAGAGAGCAUGUAAUAGCAGUGAACAUUAUUGAAGAUAAUUUGCCAGAAGAAGAGGAGUCAUUCAGAGUGCAGCUGAAAAACCCCAAAGGUGGAGCUGAGAUUGGUCCCAAUGGUUUUGUGACUGUGAUCAUUCCACCUAACGAUAAUGCAUACGGAGUUGUAGCUUUUGCCCAGAAUUCUUUGACUAGGAUGGUUGAGGAGCUGGAACAAGAUAAUCUGGUUACUCUGAAUGUUGAACGCCUCCGUGGAACCUUUGGACGAAUUACAGUGUAUUGGGCAGCUAGUGGGAGCCUCAGUGAUAUUCGGCCAACGUCUGGUGUGAUUACCUUUUCAGAAGGUCAAGUCUUUGCAACACUUUCUAUAACAAUUUUAGCCGAUAGUCUGCCUGAGUUGAGUGAAACAGUGACAGUCAAUUUGACUCAAGUAGUCACACUAGGAAUUCAGGACCCUUUGCGUGGAGCUCUUAUUGAUGCAGAGAGAUUCAAAGCUGAAAUCACCAUCCUUCCCAGUGACUCCCCAUAUGGAGUAAUAGGCUGGCAUACAGACUCAUUCUUCUUUACAACACAGGAACCAGAAGGAAAUCCAAAAAACAUCAGCUUAAAAAUAGUGAGAGAGCAAGGAUUUGUUGGGGAUGUGAUUAUUUAUUACAAGACAACACCAGUGCUUUCCCAGCUAACUGUCAAUCAAGCUAAAGACCGGGAAGAUUAUGUGGCCAAAGAAGACACUCUCAUAAUGAAAGAAAAUGUGAUGAUGACGAGUGUUCAAAUCACAGUACUGCCAGAUAGUGUUCCUGAACUUUCUGAAAGGUUUCUUGUUAACAUCACCAAAGUAGAGCUGGUGAAUGCGUCAGCUGGUUCAGGGCAGCCUAGUGUAAAAAGAGUGGGAAUGGAGACUGCUGAAGUGAUAAUAGAAGAAAACGACGAUCCCCGAGGCAUUGUACAGUUUAAUGUUAAAAAGGAUAUGACAGGUGGAGUGGCAGGUUAUGAACUUCUGCCCCCGCGUAAUCUUUUGCGCUUACCAGUUAUUCGGUUAGCUGGCACAUUUGGAAAAAUAGUGAUAGACUGGAUGGCUACUCCUGUCAGUGCCAGUUUUGAAGAUUUUACUCCAGCCAAUGGAACCCUUGUGUUUACUGAUGGACAGGACACGGCUGUGAUAGAAAUCACCAUAGUGGAUGACAAUAUUAUUGAAUUCUCAGAGACAUUCAAUGUUUCACUGACUCGAAUAUCGGGUGGUGCUAGACUGGGAAAUGACUCCUCGAUUAUGGUUUACAUUCCUCCUAAUGACUCACCUGUGGGAUUGUUCAGUUUUGAAAUGAAAACGGUAACUGCCCGGGAACCUCAGUUCAAUAAUGACCCCUCAGGAAUGGUAACCCUGUCUGUAAUGAGGAAUGAGGGAGCCCGAGGAGCAGUCCAAAUUGUCUGGCUAGUGGAAGAAGCAGCAAAGGAUGACAUAACUCCUCUUAAUGGAACUCUUUUCUUUAAUGAGACUGAUACCAAGAAGACAAUACCACUGUACAUAGUUAAAGACUCAAUUCUGGAAGGAGAGGAACGAUUCAUCAUUCAGCUUGUGUCAGCCACAAACAAUGCAGAAAUCAAUCCAGUUGAUGGUUCAGCCACAGUAAUCAUUUUGGGUGAUCCUGGGUCACUGGGAAGAGUGGGUAUAUCUCCCUUGACACAAAACGUUCUCAUUGGAGAACCAUUUGGACUUUAUAAUGGUACUGCUUUAAUAAGUGUAUUACGUGGUCCAGGGAUUUAUGGGGAAAUUACUGUGUUUUGGAACAUAACUCCUUCAGUUUCAAGUGAGUUUGAGGAGACCUCAGGAUUCAUCACAAUGAAAAACCAGCAGUCUGCUGCUACUAUUCGUCUUAAGACCAUAGAUGAUGAUAUUCCCGAAGAGAAACUAUACUAUCAGCUAACUCUGACAAGGGUCAGUGAAGGAGCCGAGAUUAAUGAGUCUUCCCGGUCCUCCAAUAUUACAAUGGUGGCUAGUGAUGUACCAUAUGGACGUUUUUCAUUCUCUCAAGAAUUCCUAGAAACAUUGGAGGAGCAACGACUGGUUUCUGUAACAAUUUCAAGGUCUAUGGGAAAAUUUGGCCGUGUUCAGCUCUGGUAUCAAACAACCAGUGGUACUGCAGUGGGUGGAUUUGAUUUUUCUCCUGUAAAUGGGCAGAUCAUUUUUGAGAAAGAAGAAGUAAACAAGACCAUCUCAGUAGAAGUAUUAAAUGAUAAUAUCCCUGAGGGUCCAGAAGAAUUCUUUUUAAAUAUCACUAGAGUGGAGCUUCUCCCUGGAAGUGCUUUUGAUUUCACUAUACGGGAAGGAGGACUACAAUUGGACCAGCCACCCACAAUUGGAAACAUAUCCACUCUUACUGUUGUCAUACAGAAGAACGACAAUGCAGAGGGCAUCAUUGAGUUUGACCCUAAAUACCUUAUAUUUGUAGUAAGCGAGGACGUUGGGAUGCUUCAAAUUCCAGUAUUUCGAAGGCAAGGCACAUUUGGAUUGGUAACUGGCGAGUACAUUUCUAAGGGUUCUACUGCUCUCCCCAACAUGGACUAUAUACUUCCUAAUGGCUCAGUUGUUUUCUAUCACGGGCAGAACCAGAGCUUUAUCAAUGUGUCAAUCAUUGAUGAUGCUGAUCGGGAAUACGAUGAACAUUUUGAGAUCCAGCUAACAGCUGCCACUGGAGGAGCUGUUCUUGGAACAAACCUAACCACCAGAGUGACAAUUGCUAAAAGUGAUUCGCCAAAUGGUUUGGUUAGAUUCCUCAAUCAAACUCAGCUGGUCAUCCCAAACCCAAAUUCAACCUUAGCCCUAACAUUUGUGCUUGAGAGGACAGGAGGACUAGCAGGAGCUGCUGAAGUAACUUGGAACAUUCUAGGACCAAAUUCAAAAGACUUUCUGCUUCCUGGUAACACUGAUAUCGGUGAACCAUUAAAUGGAUCAUUCUCAUUUGGUGAUGGAGAGGGUGGUGUAAGAGCAAUCACACUUAAGAUUUUACCCCAUAGUGACGUGGAGGUGCAAGAGUCUUUUAUCAUCAAAUUAAGCCUUCUUUCAGGUGAAAUGGAUAUUGACGCAAAAGCAGGCAACAUAACCUUAAUAAUCCAGAAGUUUGGAGAUCCCAACGGAGUUGUUCAGUUUGCUUUAGAUGCUUUGAUGGAAAGGACCUUUAUUGAGCCAAACAACUCUGGAGGACCACUGAGCAUCUCUUUUCCAGUCACCAGAGUUCAAGGAACCACAGGCAACAUAACAGUUUUUUGGGAGAUCCGCAGCAAUUCUGACAUGACAGGGGAUUUUUUGUCUUUCCAAGGCUCAAUAACAAUUCUUGACAUGCAGCGAUCUGGGGAAAUAACAAUUAAACUUUUGCCAGAUGACAUCCCAGAAAUGGAUGAGCUUUACUCUGUAUGGUUAACUUCUGUGGAUGGAGGAGCAGAAAUAGAUAUUAAUAAUAGUUCAUCACGGUUCACAGUGAAAAGCAAUGAUGACCCUCAUGGCCUUUUUGCGAUAUAUUCACCUUUGCAGUCUGUGACUGUGGGUCAAGAUUUAAUGCGUUAUAUUGUACUUAAUGUCACUCGUCUAGCUGGAACCUUUGGGAAUGUGACAGUGGAAUAUAAGAUAACAGCAAACACACCAGGAGGAGACUUUUUUAUGGACAAGGUUCUAGGAAAUCUUAUCAUUAGAGAUGGUGCCAAAUUUGGGACUAGUACCGUUCCAAUCAGUAAUCAGAUAUUUUAUGCAGUUGGAUUCAACUUUAGUAUUGAAUUGUCUAAUGUUACCUUAGUGAAGGGGCAACCUGACAUCUCCCCUCGCAUUCAGGCAGGAGCAAAGACAGCACUGGUGUACAUCCCUGAAGAAGCUGCCAAUUCAGAGGUUGGUUUUGAUAACAUUGCUCUUCAGAUAGCAAACCUGUCGUCUAGUAUCUGCACAUUCAUGAUAACAAGGAAAGGGGUUUAUGGAUCUGUGACUGUGGAGUGGAACAGUGGAUACCCAGUGGGUCAGGCACCUCUCGGCUUCCCUGUUGGCCAGAUAUUACCAUCUACGGGCAUCCUCACACUGGGACAUGGUGAAAGAAACAGAACAGUGCCACUUACUGUCAUUUUAAACAAUACUAAGCCUGAAGCAUUUGCAGUUUAUAUUAAAACUUUGAAUUCUAGCAACCCUGGUGGAGCACGACUCAGGUCUGGAUUUACCAUUGCUGAAGUAGAGCCUUUAGGAAUCUUCCAGUUUGCUCCAAGUUACAGACAGCUGGUAAUAGAGGAAGAUGACCAAGUUGUAACACUGUAUGUACAGAAACUGUUUGGGUUUCGCAGCAAGCAGACCCGCCUUACAUUUCAGACAUUGGCAGGAAGUGCCAAGCCCAAAGAAGACUUUGUACCAGUUGAGAAAGGGGAGCUCCUUUUUGAGGCCUUGCAGUAUGAAGCCUCCAUCCAUCUGUCUGUUUUGAAUGACAACAUUAGUGAAAGUGAUGAAAUAUUUUACGUGAAACUGAUCAACGUGACAGAGAAGAAUGGCAACUUAAUACAUACAAUGCCAAGACUGAUCCAAGAAUUCAGCACAGCAUCAAUAACAAUUUCUGCCAAUGAUGUCAUAAAUGGUUUUAUGAGUAUUGGGCCAAGCUUAGUGCAGAUUGCUGAAGAUUCAAGAAAUGGCAUUCAGCAAACUGUGGUGCUCAGAGUGCACAGGUCUGUGGGGUUCACUGGAGCCAUACAGGUGAUGGUUAAGACCUUUGGUGGGAAAAGUAUAACUUCAGGACUUCUGGAAUCUCCUUUUGGGAUUCAGCUCUCAGAAUUAAACCACAUUUGGGCCAGGGAGGGAGAAGAUUUUCAGGACCAGAUGUUGACAGUUACAUUUCAGGAAGGCGAAAAGGAAGCUAAUGUCUCCUUUAAAAUACUCGAUGACAGUGAUCCUGAAGGGUCCGAGGUAUUCUAUGUUUAUCUCACCAAUCCUCAGGGAGGUGCACAGAUUUUGCCUGGCAUAGAUGAUAAAGGAUACACAUCAUUUGCAAAAAUCUUGAUUUUAGGGAAUGACUUUCAAAAUGGCAUUGUGGGGUUUACUUUGGAGUCUCAGACUGGACUUGUACUUGAUGAAGACUCUGAAAAAAGAAAGGUGCUGCUCACAGUUGAAAGACAAACAAACAGGGUUUUUGAGGAUUUAGUGGUAUUGUGGCAAGCAACACUUAAUGAAAGCAACGCUCUUCUCCAAAAUAAUGAGGUUAAUCUCACCAAAGAACUACUUUUUAUAUCGGGAUCAACCACAUGCAAAAAAGGAGAGGUGACAUGUACAUUCACAUUGGAACUUAGACAAGACAAGACACCUGAAUUUGAGACCUGGUUUUUGGUUGAGCUGUACCAGGUGGGAGAAGGAGCUAUGAUAAAUAAUAGUGCAAGGUUUGCCAACAUCACAAUCCUGGAAAGCGAUAAUCCAAGAGGACUGAUCUACUUUGCAGUAGGAUCUCGUCUCCCUGUCGUUCACCAGAAAACUACACUCAUUAGUCUCAGAGUGACAAGAGAACCUUCAAACUCUGUUGUCUCUGUCAGCUAUGAAACGCGGGAGCUAAAGAAAGAAGAACCUGUGGGAAGAGGAUUGAUCUGGCCUGCAAUUGCUGGAAUGGAUUUUGAGAAUUCCCAAGGGGUCCUUACUCUUGAUGUUGGUGAAAGUACUACUGCUUUUAAUAUCACUCUCACUCCAGAUCGAGCCUCAUCCAAUCCUUUGCCAAAAAGAUUCCAAGUAGUACUGUCUGAUGCCACAGGUGGUGCCAGAGUGGAUGCUGAGUUUGGUAUUGCCAACGUUACAAUUGUCUCAGACACUGAAACACAGGCUGUUUGGGGACUGGUUGAGCAGCUUCAUCAGCCACUGGAGACCAAUAUCAUAAAUCAGGUACUGCAAAGUCUACACAAUAAAGUCACAGUGGAAGUCACAGAGGAGCAGCUAGGCGCAGUUUUUAAUAUAUUAGGGAAGGUUAUGUUGGAAGGUGAACGAAUAUCACUGGAAAAAACCAGCAGAGGUUUGACAUAUGAUGUCCUUUGUGCUCUGGCCAACCCUAAUCGCAAAGAUACGCGUGGACUAAGUCAACUUUCUGAAACUGCAGAAAGAUUUGCCUUCUCUCUUCUGACUGAUGUUCAAUGUGGAUCAGAGGGUGAAAGGGGAAAGACCAUCCUAGAUACAUGUCCACACUUGGCUAUCAAAGCUUAUCACUGGUAUCCACCACAGAUCAAUGGCCACCAGUUUAUGGGGAAAAAUGGUGACUGGAUUAGAGUGCCUGAAGCCUUGCUAAAAGUUUCCACUGUUUCUCCGUAUGAAGUUGCAGAAAAUAAAUGUGAGAAGAUUCAGUUCACAGAGUACAGUAGCCAACAGUGGUUCCUCACUGGCAAGCCCACUGCUCUCAAUAAUAAGAUUUUUUCUCUCAGUUUAAUGAACAAGGGCACACAACCUCUUUCUGAAAACGACAAAGUAAUUUAUCGAAUCUACACCUCAGAUAGUCGAAUCAAACCUCAGCAGUCUCUUUGUCUUCUUUGGAGCCAAACAGCUGAAAACUGGCUUCCAGAUGAGAAGUUCUGCCAGGUGACUGAUGAUACCUCCAAUUUUGUGGAGUGUGCAUGCUCCCAUAUGUCAAUCUACACUGCCUUUGCACAAACUGACAGCCUUUCUUCUUACAACCAAGCCUUCUUCUCUGCAGGAUUCAUCUGCAUGUCAGGGUUUUCCCUGGCAAUUUUGUCUCACUUGUUUUGCUCCAAAUUCUCGAUGUUUUCAGCUAAACUUCUCAUUCAUAUGAUGGUGGCAUGUUUCGGAACUCAGGUUUCCUUUCUUGUAUCUGCAUAUGGCAGUCGCCAACUAUCAGAAGAAGGCUGUUCUGCUCUAGGACUGGUGACACACUACCUUUAUCUCAGCCAGUUCACCUGGAUGCUUAUUCAAGCUGUCAACUUCUGGCAAGUACUGGUGAUGAAUGAUGAGCACACAGAACGACGAUAUUUAAUUUUUUUCACCCUCAGUUGGGGACUUCCUGCCUUCAUUAUCGCAUUGUUGGUCAUAGUUCUCAGAGGUGCCUACCACUGGAAUAUUAGUGACAUCUAUGGGCUCAUAUAUGGCGAUAUGUGUUUCAUUCCCAAUGUAUAUGCAGCUCUCUCCACUGCUGCUUUAGUGCCAUUGGCUUGUCUUGUGGGAGUGCUUGUGGUAUUUAUUCAUGUGUAUCAAGUGACUCAUCAAUGGAAAGCAUAUGAUGAUAUCUUCAAAGGAAGGACCAACAGCACAGAGGUUCCCCUGGUACUCUACCUUUUUGGAUUGAUCUCCUUCGUGUGGCUCUGGGGAGGACUUUACAUGGCAUACCGACAACUUUGGAUGCUUAUAUUCUUUGUCAUCUUCAAUACUUUGCUGGGUCUCUAUGUAUUUGUUGUGUACUUCAUAUUGCACAACCAACUAUGCUGGCCAGUAAAAGCCAGUUACAGUAUGGAAAUGAAUGGGCACACCACUCCAGGAUCUCCAUUUCAGGGUACUGGCAUACCAUCGAUAGAUGGAGAGAUCAGCAAAUCAACACAAAACCUUAUCACAGCUAUGGAGGAGGUACCUGCAGACUGGGAAAGGACAUCUUUAAGGCCCAAUAUUGAGUCAACUAUCUACAAGCAUAGUCUUCAGGAAGGGGAUGACUUUAACACACAGGGAGGAUUUACUAAUGAAUCUUUAGUAGCAGAUGAGGAAUCGCAAGAUUUUGAUGAUCUUAUAUUUGCCUUAAAGACCGGUUCUGGCCUUAAUGUCAGUGACACUGAAUCAUGCCAUGGAAGUCAAGAUGAAGGCAGCGUACCGAAUUCACAAAUUGUAGAACUCAGAAGAAUUCCGAUUGCGGACACUCACCUCUAAUGGUUUUUUGGCUGGGGGUAAAUGGGGGAGUGAGGGAAAGUAUCAGUAUUUUUAUUGUAAUUUUUGCACUAAAACAUACAUUAAUAUAAAUCUAGAAUAUUAGUUUUUGUCACUAGCAGUUGAAGAUUUUAUACAAUGUAGUUAAUUUAAAUUUGAUGGUCCUGACAGACAAGAAUUAAUUGUCAUUAAACUAUUGGUUUACCCUUACCAGAUGUAAAUAAUAUCUAGAAUGCCCUGGACAAUGGCAAGUGUUCCUAACAAUAUUGAUACAUUUGUGUAACACUUUAUUAAAAAUGUUUAAAACA